AUCAUCAUUAAAUGUUUUCUAUAUCAUUGUCCACAGGUCCACCGCAGGUAUGACGCUCGGUUUGUGCUGCAGCACGGGUUUGGCCCGCAGCUGUGCGCCCCGCCCCUGCAGAACUCUGACAUCGUGACGAUACGGGAAGUCACGCCGCAGGCAGGGGGAGAAGGGGGGGAGGAUCAGGAGGAGGAACCCAACAGUCACUUAGUCUGUCUGGAGAUUCAUCCUGUCACAGAAGGUAUCUGUAAGGAGGACCUCAUACUGACCACAGGUGACUGUGGGACCAAGUCGGUCCACCUCCAAGUGUACGCUCAAGUCCUGGCCAGAGACAAGGGGCCACCCCUCCUUAAAGAAGGGGUGAUGUGCGUGGGCACGGACCAAGAAAUAGCCAAAGAUCCUCAAGAGAUGCCCAAGUCUGCAGUACAGUUCUCAGAAGAAGAAGAAUCUAGUAGUACGGCUGAACAAAAUAACUUUAACAAGCCUGCAAGAGGGGUGCGGUUUGGGGCGGAGAAGUUGAGUCCGGUUGACGAAGAUUCGUCGACGGAAAAACAUCAGCAGCAGCAUGCUGGUGGUCAUGUCCAUUUUCCAGCAGACCUACACGGGCCGGAGCUACGGGUCACUCAGAAUGGCCAGGACCGCUUCUCUGUCAACCUGGGAUUCCUACAGAUCCACAGAACGUACCAGGCCAAGUUCACCCUCAGACACGGCUUCGGGCCCCGUCUCUCUGCCCCGCCCCUGCAGAGUGUUUACUUCACCAUCAAGGAGAUUCACCACAACGUAGACAACAGCACAGACGCCGAGGGGAACGCACAGGACAGCCACACCCUGGUGUUAGAGAUCUGCACAGAGAAGGACGGGGUUGUGAAGGAGGAGCUCUUCCUGACAACAGAGGAAGAUGCCACCAAGAAGAUGUGGGUGGAGCUUCAUGCCAGAAUCAUGGGCAAGGGGAAGGGCACUCCUCUGCUGAAGGAGGGCGUUCGAUGUUUGAAGGUCAACGUGGAGGAGGACUCAGAAAUCAGCGACUGGGCAGGCUUCUGAUAACAUAAUGUACUAGAGCACAUUGGUACAAUGGCUGAGUUAUCAACAAUGUCAUUUCAGUGUUCCAGCCAUUGUCUGUCUGUCCGUCAUUUGACUGAAUUUUGCUGCUCACGACGCUCAUGCCCAUUCUGCCAUCUUUGGUGGACAAAAUUAGUUGUGUAAACAUAUUAUGGAAAGAGAUGUCAUUAAAACUAAGCUUAUUCUACGAACAAAACUCUCAAAAUGCAUUUCAGAGGGACAAGAAUUUUAAAAAAUUGGGGGGCAGUGUGCCACCAGGCCCUCAAGAAUUGCCAAUGUUACGUCAAACAAAAAAGAGAUGACGGAAAAAAAAAAGUGAAAUUUAAUAUGUUAUGAUCAUGUCACCAUCACACCAGUUUCACCCUGGAAGUAAUGGAUUCAAUUAGCACGUCGACAGAACAUACUGCACCUGCACGAAACCCGUAAUGUAUUGUGCAUAGCAGUGACUUUGACAGAACAUCUCAUAUAAGGUCAUAUUUGCGCAUAUAAGGUUAACACUGUGUAAAUGUUGUGUCGUAAAAGAAGAUAUCCUCUGUAACAGGCAAAAUUCUGAUGCAGUAUUCAGACCAAAAAUCCCACGAAACCAUAAAAAUGCAGUACGUUCUGCCAACGUGCUGAUUCAUAUAUUAUAUACAUGUAUACAUGUAUAUGGUUGUUCUUGCAAUUUGGGAGCACCUUUGUGUUUAAGAGUUAACUGUUGUCUGUGGCUGUCUGUUGGGGAAAGUAGAAUUUGACAUCCCUUUUGGGAUUAUUGGCCCAGUACUAAGUUCCUCACUGGAAACCAGGGUUACACCGAUCUUGUUUUGUAUUUUACUUUUGUUUUUCUUUAGUUUUGGUUGAUUAUUUCAAUCCACAAUCUGUACUUUUGUUCUCCAGCUUUAUGUACCAUACAUUUUUAUAUUUUCUUCCGGUGUCUUAUAAGCCCACACGGGCUUGGUGCAUAAAGUGCAAGACACGUUAAAAAGUUCAGUUAUUUUCCAAGAUUUUCGGCCCAGUUUUUUUGGGCCGAAGGGCCCAUUGUGUUUGAUUAAGGAUACCAGUUACUGUAUUUUAGCAUAAUGUUUUCCAACCAACUUGUUUUUUUGUAGCCAAAUAAACUGCACUCAAUGAACUUUGCAGAGGAUUGCCAUCUUCUUGUCAAAUACUUCAGGAGAAGUGUGGAAUUAUUUGUGAUUGUGCCCUCUAGUGUCAACAUUUUGAGAUAUUUUUGUCGAAGAAACCGUAUUUGUAUAGAAUAUGUAUUUUAAUAUGAUAGAUGCCCAAAGUAAGUUCUAUUUGUGAAAAAAGUGUUUUUGAGGUGAGACCUUUUAAUGUGAAAUACAGGUGUACAUGUGUGGUGUCAAAAAACUUGUUAAAUUUUACUGUUGUUGUAGGCAUUUGAUGCUAAACAGUUUUGAAAGCAAUAAAAAAAAUGUGGUACAUGUAUCAUCCAGCAAAAUAGAUUACUGGCUUCCAGGGUAGGUAGUGAUUAAUAUGGUGACUAUUACCUAGGAGUAUUAGACUAAGUAUGAUUGUACUUACUACCAAGGAUUGAUAAAGCAAUCAUUGAGAAAUUGUGCUGUUAUUUGUUUAUUAACUAUCAGCCACUAGACCAGGUGUUAAACACCUUUUGCAUUAUUAGUAGUAUUGACACCACUGUUCUAUAGCCAGCGUACGUCUUUCUGUCAUCAAUGGUUGACAAAAUUUGCCUAAGCCGUCAUCUUUGACAGCAAAAAUUGAUGUGUAAGAAAGAUGUCAUUAAACUAAGUUAGUCUACCCAGCAAAAUUUGCCCCUCAAUGCCAGAAAUAGCGUUUCAGAGGGUCAAGAUUUAAAAAUUUUGCCAGGGAAGCAUAUCCCCAGACCUCCCCAGGAUGUUUCAUCAAAAAAACUAUAGAGGAUGGAAAAUAAUUGAGGCUGGCUAGAACACUUCGAUAAGGCAUGUUAACUUUUACUUUCCAUUAGCAUACAUGUAGCAUUCUCUCUCACAGUAUACAGCAAAUUUCUUACACAUAGUUAACACUUUGGAUCAUUCAGUAUAUAUGGUACAUGUAUUACAAAUUGUACAUUAGAUCACCAGUGUUAGACUUAUAAAUGUUGAUUCUACCACAAAUCCUGAAUCAGAUAUAGUUAGUGAGUUAAUGCUGCUGCACUUAAUGUUACACAAAUGUAUCAUGGUGAUCACAGUGGAGAUUGUUGCACACAUUUAAGUAAAUGUUAUUCAUAUUUUAGAUUUUAGUUCUUAUUGGUCUUUAGGAAGACAUAUGAUAUUUUUCAAGAUAUGUGUAACAUCUGUGUCCAUAAUAUCACCAGGGUCCAUAAUA